UAGACAUUUACGACUGCAGAAGGAGCAAUGAGCUAUAUCAAAGUUGGACAGAACGGAAAAACACUAAGGAAUAGGGAGAAUUUGGAAAAUGACCUUGAAGCACCUCCAGAAAGGAAAAAAUCAGGAUUUAGUCAUUAUGAAAGAGAUGAGUUAUUGAAAGAAUAUGGCAAAGCAGAGCAGAUUAGAGAUUUUACGAGGAAAGUUGUCAUAGGGAUUGGAUGAGUGUAUGUUGUCUAUGGGGCUAUUGUUUUCUUAAAAGAAUGUAUAAGCUUAGCCAAAAAUGUCAAUAAUGUAUUCCUCAAAGAAAGCAAUGCAAAUCAGUCAGAUGACCAGCAAGUAUCACUCCAACUGCUCAUUUUCCCUCUCAUUAUUCUGAAUCUAGUCAAAAAGGUAUUAUACGUGACUGUAGGAGCAGUAAUACUUCAUUCCAGAUCUGAAAAUACUAGAAAAUCAACAUGGUCACUAUUUAUCAGAAUUACUAAAUUUUUGCUAAUUUGUGAAUCUGUGGUUCUGAUUAACACAAUUAUCCGACUGGUUCCUGAUCUCUCAAAAGAUUCACUGAGAUAUAUCAAGGAAGAAGUCGGGUUGAUGAUGGCUUUUCUAAAUAUCUUGUGGUAUAUCAUUAAGAAGCUUUUUAAGCCCAUGUUUGCUACAUCAAUCGUUUUGAAGAUAUUGUACGAAUUCCAUAAUUUUACGAAGGAUUUUGAGAUAAUAGUUGAGAAGUUAGAAGAUAUCAACAAAAAGUUCAGUUUAAUCGAAACAGAAGUUGAACUCGAUGAACAGGUAAUCCAUAAAGAACAUGAGGUUAAAUCUUCAUUAGAGAUAUCUUCUUGAACUAUCCCUAAGACUUACAUAUAAAGUUCUCUAACUCUUACUUAGGACUCGUUACAUUUAAGAUAUUCUU